GAAGGUGUAUGCUAGUACAUACAAUCCUUCCGUGGCUCGCACAUUUCACGACGUGGCGAGCGGCGGCGAAUUUGGCUGCGGCGUUGACCGACUUUUUAUUCUCUCUCUUCUUUUCCUCCUCCUCUUCUCCUAGUUGGGCUCCUUUUUACCUUCUCCUUUCUUUGCCUUGAAACUACAUUGUUAUUUUAUAUCUUUUCGGACCUUUGAACCGUCCCCUUGUAGUUUUCACCCUUCCUUACCACCCUAUAGCCGAGACAUUACUCAACUUUGUCUCGAUAGAAGCAGUCACAUAUAAGACGUAGAGUUGAACGGACAUAGUAGUCCGAGCGGACGGAGCAAACUGUGUCGUUUUUUUUUUUAUCAAGAGACUAAGAAAAAGAGAAACGUACGAAUAUAGAGACUUUGUGCGAUAUAUACGUCAGUGAUAACCACGCAACGACAGGCACUCGAAGACAUUUACCAGCGCUUCGAGAUCACGGAUCCUUGAUCAAUCGGUGGUCUGUGAUCGAUACAAGAUGCUGGUGGAACCAAUCAUGCUGUGGCUCUGGCACAAAAUGGGCGGAAGCAUCAACGAGGUCCUUUGCACCCUUUCAGUGUUCGCCUGUGUUUUUCUACCGGUUUUUCUUCUGGUAAAGCGGAUAAUAUACAUCAAAAACUUGCCGCCCGGCCCAUGGGGAAUGCCGAUCUGGGGCUACUUACCCUUUAUGAAAAGCCCCACGCACUUGCAUUUCCACGAGCUGGCCAAGAAGUACGGUAAAAUAUUCAGCGUCACCAUAGGCUCCGGAUUGACCGUCGUUAUCAGCGAUUAUCGCAUCAUCCGCGAUGCGUUCAAAAGGGAGGAGUUCAGCGGCAGGCCGCGCACCGACUUCAUGAGCAUCCUCGACGGAUACGGCAUCAUCAACACGGAGGGUGCCUUGUGGGAGGAUCAGAGGAGAUUCCUUCACAAAAAUCUUAGAAGUUUCGGCAUGUCGAAUAUGAGUCGCGAAAAGACAAAAAUGAACGAGAAAAUCAUGCACGAGGUCGAAAUGUUUCUUAACCGAGUGGAGUCGAAGCGAGGGGCUCCUACAGACAUCUCGUCCUAUCUGGCUCUGUCGAUCAGCAAUGUCAUCUGUAAGCUUACAAUGAGCGUUCGCUUCCACCUUAAUGACCCGAGAUUCGAGAGGUUCAUGAAACUCAUUGACGAGGGAUUCAAACUCUUCGCUUGUUUGGCGUCUGUGAAUUACAUACCACUGUUCCGCCACCUACCAUGGUUCCACGAUAUCCGAAAUAGGAUCUCGCAGAAUCGAGCGGAGAUGGCUGAGUUUCACCAAAACAUUAUUGAUGACCACAAAGAUAAAUUCAAGAAGGACAGCAUUAACGACAUCACUGAUGCCUAUAUACACGAAAUUCGGCAAGCCGAGAAUGAAGGUCGAGAGCUUUUCCAGGGAAAAGAUAAAGAUCGUCAAAUGCAACAAAUUCUGGGCGAUCUCUUCUCUGCGGGUAUGGAGACAGUGAAAACGACAUUGAAAUGGGCGGAGCUUUUCAUGGUGCUCAACCCGGAAAUGGCAAGGGAGGUACAGGACGAAUUGGAUAGGGUUGUAACAAGGUCAAGAUUACCCACGCUAGAGGAUCUUCCCAACCUUCCAAUCACAGAGGCAACGAUUCUAGAGGUUCUUCGCAGGUCCAACCUCGUACCACUUGGAACCCCGCAUGCUACCACACGGGACGUGGAGUUGGACGGUUAUAAAAUCCCAGCCGGUACUACCGUCAUACCGCUAUUGUACUCAGUGCAUAUGGAUACGGAACUCUGGGACGAUCCGGAAGCCUUUCGGCCUAACCGUUUCCUUGCCGAGGACGGUAAAGUCCGUAAGCCGAACUACUUCAUACCCUUCGGAGUCGGUAAACGAAUGUGCAUGGGCGAAGUGUUGGCACGCAUGGAACUCUUCCUGUUCUUCAGUUGCAUGAUGCACAACUUUAACUUGACCCUGCCCAAAAGCGCCCCUUUGCCCAGCUUACGUGGCAAUGUCGGUAUCACAAUAUCGCCGGAACCCUUUGAGGUUUGCUUUCUGAAGAGGCCUCUUCAGACCAACGUGAUGGCCUAUAUGGCCAAUAACGCUGAGGCCUCCACGCCUAUUCGUAACAUUGGCAGCCAUUAAGUGUCCUCAACGGAUUCCAGUACACGGGCACGGUACUUGUUCCUAUUGCCACAGGAGAGGCGAACAAAGAGAAGAGAUCCGCAAGUCGCGUGCUGACGCCAUGGGGAUCCCAUCCACGCUCAGGCAUGUGCGCAUCAGCUGAGAUGGAGACCCGUAAGAUUAUCUAAUUGUACGAUUAAUUGUCGGAGAACGGUCGAACGUUCACGCUUUGUCGAAACCUUCACGUAAAAUCAAAUAUUUGCAGUAAAUCUUGACAUUGUUAUAAAAUUACAGAUUCACUUCACUAAAAAAUGAGGGAGUUUAGUUAAAAGUUUAGUUCUGUUAAAAAACCUAAACUAACUUUUAAAAACUAAAAAUUCUCUGAAAUUAUACAUGAACGAUCGUUCUCUGGAAUCUAAAAUAGUAUAUAAUUAAAAAUGUUUUAGUGUAUAAUUAAAAAUGAAUUGAGUCUUCAAGAACAAAAAAAAAUUGAUAGGUUAUAGAGAGUUACUGAAAUAAUUUUGCUAAUAGAAUAGAAUGUAAGCUAGGUUCUCGAGCGUGUAUCCAAUACAUGUCUGUCCAUUUAAUUUUGGCAAGAUUUUAUAUGAUUCCCAUUUCUAAUUACGAAGUUCGUUAUUAACAAAUAUACUUUUUACAAUUUUAUCUUUUAUCUCUAAAAUGAGAUUUUAUCCUUUAUAUCGAGGUUUUA